CAAGCAGUUUCAUUGUGUUAUCGAACUCAAUCCAUUUCAAGAAAUGGGUAGCUCUACACCUCUGUCAGUGCUCCUCCUGUCAUGCUUUCUCCUACUCGUGCUGUCUCCUGCAUAUGGAGCAAAAUCGAUGGGAAAAGGCGUGAAAGAUGCAGGCUUGUUCGGUUCACUAAAGGACGAGAAAUCGAGAAAGAUGGUUGAUGUAACAGACUAUCGACCCACCGGACCUAAUAUUCCUGGAGGACCUCACUACGCGAAUGACAAGAAAUCAAGAAAGAUGGUUGACGUAAACGACUAUAGACCAACAGGACCUAAUAUUCCUGGAGGACCUCACUACUCAAAUGACGAGAAGUCAAGAAAGAUGGUUGACGUAAACGACUAUCCACCAACAGGACCUAAUAUUCCUGGAGGACCUCACUACUCAAAAGACGAGAAAUCAAGAAAGAUGGUUGACGUAAACGACUAUCCACCAACAGGACCUAAUAUUCCUGGAGGACCUCACUACUCAAAUGACGAGAAAUCAAGAAAAAUGGUUGACGUAAACGACUAUCGACCAACAGGACCUAAUAUUCCUGGAGGACCUCACUACUCAAAUGACGAGAAAUCAAGAAAGAUGGUUGACGUAAACGAAUAUCUACCAUUUGGACCUAGUAUUCCUGAAGGAGUUCACUACUCAAAUGACGAGAAAUCAAGAAAGAUGGUUGACGUAAACGACUAUCGACCAACAGGACCUAAUAUUCCUGGAGGACCUCACUACUCAAAUGACGAGAAAUCAAGAAAGAUGGUUGACGUAACAGACUACCGACCACCAGGAGCUAACAUUCCAGGAGGACCUCACUUCUCAAAUGACGAGAAAUCAAGAAAGAUGGUUGACGUAACAGACUACCGACCACCAGGAGCUAACAUUCCUGGAGGACCUCACUUCGCAAAUGACGAGAAAUCAAGAAAGAUGGUUGACGUAACAGACUACCGACCACCAGGAGCUAACAUUCCUGGAGGACCUCACUUCGCAAAUGACGAGAAAUCAAGAAAGAUGGUUGACGUAACAGACUACCGACCACCAGGAGCUAACAUUCCUGGAGGACCUCACUUCGCAAAUGACGAGAAAUCAAGAAAGAUGGUUGACGUAACAGACUACCGACCACCAGGAGCUAACAUUCCAGGAGGACCUCACUUCUCAAAUGACGAGAAAUCAAGAAAGAUGGUUGACGUAACAGACUAUCGACCACCAGGAGCUAACAUUCCUGGAGGACCUCACUUCGCAAAUGACGAGAAAUCAAGAAAGAUGGUUGACGUAACAGACUAUCGACCACCAGGAGCUAACAUUCCUGGAGGACCUCACUUCGCAAAUGACGAGAAAUCAAGUAAGAUUGUUGACGUAAACGACUAUCUACCAAUGGGACCUAGUAUUCCUGAAGGACUUCACUACUCAAAUGACGAGAAAUCAAGAAAGAUGGUUGACGUAACAGACUACCGACCACCGGGAGCUAACAUUCCUGGAGGACCUCACUUCGCAAAUGACGAGAAAUCAAGAAAGAUGGUUGACGUAACAGACUACCGACCACCGGGAGCUAACAUUCCUGGAGGACCUCACUUCGCAAAUGAUGAGAAAUCAAGAAAGAUGGUUGACGUAACAGACUACCGACCACCAGGAGCUAACAUUCCAGGAGGACCUCACUUCUCAAAUGACGAGAAAUCAAGAAAGAUGGUUGACGUAACAGACUACCGACCACCAGGAGCUAACAUUCCAGGAGGACCUCACUUCGCAAAUGACGAGAAAUCAAGAAAGAUGGUUGACGUAACAGACUACCGACCACCGGGAGCUAACAUUCCUGGAGGACCUCACUUCGCAAAUGACGAGAAAUCAAGAAAGAUGGUUGACGUAACAGACUACCGACCACCGGGAGCUAACAUUCCUGGAGGACCUCACUUCGCAAAUGAUGAGAAAUCAAGAAAGAUGGUUGACGUAACAGACUACCGACCACCGGGAGCUAACAUUCCUGGAGGACCUCACUUCGCAAAUGAUGAGAAAUCAAGAAAGAUGGUUGACGUAACAGACUACCGACCACCGGGAGCUAACAUUCCUGGAGGACCUCACUUCGCAAAUGACGAGAAAUCAAGAAAGAUGGUUGACGUAACAGACUACCGACCACCGGGAGCUAACAUUCCUGGAGGACCUCACUUCGCAAAUGACGAGAAAUCAAGAAAGAUGGUUGACGUAACAGACUACCGACCACCGGGAGCUAACAUUCCUGGAGGACCUCACUUCGCAAAUGACGAGAAAUCAAGAAAGAUGGUUGACGUAACAGACUACCGACCACCGGGAGCUAACAUUCCUGGAGGACCUCACUUCGCAAAUGACGAGAAAUCAAGAAAGAUGGUUGACGUAACAGACUACCGACCACCGGGAGCUAACAUUCCUGGAGGACCUCACUUCGCAAAUGACGAGAAAUCAAGAAAGAUGGUUGACGUAACAGACUACCGACCACCGGGAGCUAACAUUCCUGGAGGACCUCACUUCGCAAAUGAUGAGAAAUCAAGAAAGAUGGUUGACGUAACAGACUACCGACCACCGGGAGCUAACAUUCCUGGAGGACCUCACUUCUCAAAUGACGAGAAAUCAAGAAAGAUGGUUGACGUAACAGACUACCGACCACCAGGAGCUAACAUUCCAGGAGGACCUCACUUCGCAAAUGACGAGAAAUCAAGAAAGAUGGUUGACGUAACAGACUACCGACCACCAGGAGCUAACAUUCCAGGAGGACCUCACUUCGCAAAUGACGAGAAAUCAAGAAAGAUGGUUGACGUAACAGACUACCGACCACCGGGAGCUAACAUUCCUGGAGGACCUCACUUCGCAAAUGACGAGAAAUCAAGAAAGAUGGUUGACGUAACAGACUACCGACCACCAGGAGCUAACAUUCCAGGAGGACCUCACUUCGCAAAUGACGAGAAAUCAAGAAAGAUGGUUGACGUAACGGACUACCGACCACCAGGAGCUAACAUUCCUGGAGGACCUCACUUCUCAAAUGACGAGAAAUCAAGAAAGAUGGUUGACGUAGCAGACUACCGCCCACCCGGAGCUAACAUUCCUGGAGGACCUCACUCUAUUAAAGUGUAGUCCAUGUAAUAUGGUGAA